GAUGAAGAACUGUCAUGUCCGAAUGUCAUAAUACUCAUUUUGUCACUAGAGGAAUGUUCGUCAUAAUUUCUCGAUCAACAUCAUCAUUCCUCAACUUCACCAAAAUCCUCAAGCACCCAAACAGUUUGCGAAUCGUUAGACAAAUAAAUUGUGAUCAAGUCGGAGAUGUUAUCAGUCUAUCACAGGUAACAGGCAUAGAUCAUUUGAGAAAUCCACGUUUGAACAAAGGACUUGCGUUCACCAUAGAAGAACGACAAGCACUAGGCAUCCAUGGUCUACAACCCCCCUGUUUGAGAACCCAAGAGGAGCAAGUAGCUCUAUGCAAAGCCACCAUCGACAACUACAAGGAACCCUUAAACAAAUAUCUCUAUUUGACAGAACUCAAGGACCGAAAUGAAAAAUUGUUUUUCAGUUUGAUCACUGAAAAUAUUGAAGAACUCCUGCCCAUAGUGUACACCCCUACUGUUGGGCUUGCUUGUCAAAGAUUCGGUUUGAUCUACAGACGACCACAUGGUCUUUUCAUCACUAUCAAUGAUAAGGGCCACAUCUACGAAAUCCUUCAAAAUUGGCCUGAACCGAACAUUCACGCUAUUGUUGUGACGGAUGGUGAAAGGAUUUUAGGUCUAGGUGACUUAGGAGCCUAUGGAAUGGGCAUUCCGAUAGGCAAAUUAUCCUUGUAUACGGCUCUCGCCGGUCUCAAACCAUAUCACUGUCUUCCAGUAUGUUUAGACGUAGGUACAGAGAACUCGGAACUUUUGGAAGAUCCAGCGUACAUCGGACUCAGACAAAGGAGAGUGAGAGGACAAGUAUACGAUGAAUUCAUUGAGGAAUUCAUGGCGGCAGUCGUCAAGAGAUAUGGUCAAGAUACCCUGAUACAAUUUGAAGACUUCGGUAACCUCAACGCGGCUAGACUCUUGGAGAAAUACAGGAAUAAGUAUUGCACCUUCAACGACGAUAUACAAGGUACUGCUGCAGUUUCCUUGGCAGGCCUCAUAGCUGCUAACAGGAUCAUCGAUAAAACCUUCAAAGACCACAAAUUACUAUUCUACGGUGCUGGUACAGCAGCUUUAGGAGUGGCCGAUCUAUGCGUGGAGGCUAUGGUCAGAGAGGGCAUAGGUGUGGAGAAAGCUAGAAGUAAUAUAUACUUGAUGGAUAUCGAUGGAUUGGUGACUGCGGAUCGCAAAAAUCUACAAGGUAAUCAGAAGUUAUACGCAAAGGAACAGAAACCUGAGAAAGAGCUCCUUAAGCUGGUCCACGAAUUGAAACCCACAAUUCUUAUCGGUGUGUCAACCAAAGGUGGUGCUUUUACUCCAGACGUCUUGAAGGCUAUGUCGUCUUACAACGAACGUCCCAUAGUUUUCGCAUUGAGUAACCCAACCUCAAAUGCUGAAUGCACUGCUCAAGAUGCUUACGAUCACACUUCAGGACGUGUCAUUUUUUCCUCAGGUUCACCUUUUCCAGAGGUAAAGUACGAAGGAAAAACGUUCAAGACUGGACAAGGUAAUAACUCCUAUAUCUUUCCAGGAGUAGCUUUGGGGGUGGUUUUGGGACAGAUUCACCAUAUACCUGAAGAUUAUUUCCUGUUGGCGGCUGCCACUAUAGCCGAUAAUGUAUCCCAGGAGGAGCUGCUGAACAGUGGUGCAUUAUUCCCACCUCUGAAGGAUAUCAAAGAAUGUUCGAUUCAAAUCGCAACUAGGAUUUUGGAAGAUGCGUAUUGUAAGGGUAAGGCGACUUAUUAUCCAGAACCGAUUGAUAAAAGGAAAUAUGUGGAAUCUCGGUUGUACUGCGUGGAAUAUUCUCGAUCUCUUGUCAAGAGGUGGGGAUGGCCGGGAGGAAAAAAGCCGCCUUUGAAACCUUUGGGCAAGAACAUAAAAGUUACGGUAUCUUGAGAAGUUUUACCCAUUGUAAUCUUAGGAUUAAGAAUAUUGUAAAAUUUAUUCUUAGAUAUUGUAUUAUAUGAAAUGUUCUUUAAUAUAUUUUUAUGGCAAUUGAACUGUA